AUGGCUUCCUCCUCGAGCAUCCCUCACAAUCAUCAUCAUAUGGGCGAACCAAUACUGUUCGAUUCCUUUAUAUACGAUACCCUCGGCCUCAUACCUAUUUCUGGCAGCUUCGUCAAUGUGGAUGAUGUCGACUUCAUCGGGUAUUUGGCUUUGGGACUUAAGCCGACGUUAUACCCUCUAUAUGCAAGUACUCAUAUUUCUAAAUGUCGCCCAAUGCUGCAUGACGAUCUGAGAACACAGAUUUCUCUGUAUGGUUACGUUUCAACUUCAAUCGUGCAUUUUUCAGCCUUCGAAACAGAACAAAGCAAGGAAGUCCCAGUAUAUGUUAAUUUCCUUCAACCUGCGAUUGAAUGGUUGAACUUCCCUGCCAAAUCUACGAGGAUGGGCCCUGACAAUCGCUUUUAUGUCGUAUACGACUUGGUUAAUUCUGUCAACUCUACCACCGUUGUUCAUAUCGCACACCAUCCCACCGGCUAUCACCCUUGGUCUGACUUCACUACUCUAGGUUCCAUGUACGAUUUGUGCAACAGCGGCAGCCCUGCAAUCCUCCCCUCUUCCUCUACAUUGUUGUCAAGCGACGUAACACAGACUCACACUUCAAACGAGGCCAAAUUCAUAACAGGCGCGCACCACAACCAGCAUGUAACAUCCGUAGCUGCAACCAGUGCUCAAACAGCCGCGUCAUCAUUGUCGACGAUCUAUUCAUUGUUACGACUUGGAUGGUAUCUGUUGGCGAUGCUCAAACAGAGCCUGUGUCGUCAACGGUCUGUGGACGUCCUUGGGCUAGCCCAAGGUUAG